AUGGAAACCCUGUUACCAUCAGAAAUAGCUAGAUUAGUUUUUGGGUACCUUGAAAGUCAAAAAUGUAUGGAAGCUGCUAAGAUAUUUUUAGAAACAUCUCCACAUUUGCAAGAAUGUCGUACUGUAAUUUCAAAUGGAAAACGAUUUAGUACUAAAGUUAACAAAAUGGCUUUGACAGAUGUUAUUGAAAAGUUUUUCGCUAUUAACUCAGUUGUUCAUGAACGCCUUAACAAAAUUGCUGAUUGCGAGCAGUUGAAGCAGUGUGGAGAUUUACUUGAACAGUUAAAAUUUCUUAUGGAAGAAACUCGUGGCCAACGUUUUGUUGUUAAUAUCAAUGUUCCUUCACAGACCAAUUCUCAAAUAUGCAAUAAUUCUCCAAUAAUAUCUUGUAGCACACGUAAAAGACGUAACAGUACUAGUGAUCGUGAACGAUGUAAACGCACAAAAAUAAUAUCAAAUAUAUCGCAACAGCUCGCUUCAUCCGUUGUUCAAAUACCCAGUUUUGAUAGCAUAGAAGCAACUCCACUGAAAAGCCUACCAGGUUAUAUAGAUAUAUCUGAACAAUCCAAGUCUAUUACUAAUAUCAAAGAGAAGAAAUGUAGCAACUCUGUACAAUAUCAAGGCAGUGAUGAAAAUAUUCAGAACAUACAGGAUGUUGUAAUAAAUCAGACAUGUGCAGACAACAGUAUAAAAGACCUAUGCAUGUUUGAUAAGUGCACCACAGCAACAAGCACAGAAGAAUUAUUAAGUUACUCAUGUGCAGAAGUUCAAACUACUCCAUAUGAUACACCAGAAUCUGAAUCUGAGAGUAAUGAUGAACCAAUAGAAAAUUUGAGUUUGUUAACAAAGGAGCUUUUAAAUCGAACAGAGCUACAAGAACGAAUCGCUGAAAACAUAAAUAAAGCAAUAUUACCAACGGAUAUGUCAUCAAAGGAUGAAGGUUUAAAUGAUUCUGUGAUAGGUGAAGCAAAUACCUCUAUUAUGAUAGAAUUAAAUAAUGCAAUUAAAUCAAUAGUAGAGGCAACAGAAUCUGAUCCUGUGUUUGAAAAAUUUCUCGAAGAAAUCAUUGGACCAAACACUGAAACUGAUAUAAGUUUUGAUGAAGAUACUGAAACUAAAUCAGAAACAAAAUUUUGUAAUAGAGUACAAGAGGAACGACUUGAUGUGAUUCCAAACUAUUAUAAUUCACCAGAAUCUGUAGUACUAGAUGUUAAACCACCCACUGAAUUGAAUAUAAUAAAUGUACCAUUAAAGCACAAACUUCAUAGUUCUUCUAGACAACAAAAUCCUCAAAAUGAAGUUGAACAACAUGAUCAGGAGAAAGAAUACAAUAUGUUGGAAGAUCAAAACGCUGCAGCAGUACUAAGUAUAAUAAAUGCAAAUAUUGUUAACAAUAAAUCAGUAAACGAUAAAAAGAUUAUCGAUACAACAAAAGAAAUUGUGAGUUUGUUGAAUAGUGAUAGUGAAACAAAAUUAUCAAUGCUUGAAGUUUCGCCUAAUAAAGAUAAAGGGAAAACUGGAAAAUUAGUAACUGAUGAUAUUCAAAAAGAUGACCCUAAUAUUAUAACAAUGCUUCAAAAUAAUGACAUGGAAGCAAAGAUUAAACAGUCGUCGGUAAAACGAUUACGACUUACAAAGCUUGCAAAACAAGAGAAAUCAGAAGGUAGUAUGAACAAUUAUACAUCUGAACAAAAGGUAAUGACAAUACCAACGUUAAUAAUGUGUUCGAAAGAAGAAAUUAAUAAUAUAUUAUCAACAAAUUCUUGUCCACCUACUUGUUCUGUAACAUCUACUACAAAUUCACGAUUCAUUCCUAUUGUUCCCAAAGAAUCUGCAACCAACAAAACUAAAAAUUUCGCAGAAGCAUUGUAUCUAACAACUGUAAACGUUGCUCAGAAAGUAACGUCGCCACUUUUUAAUACCACUUCAAAUGAUCUGAGAAACUUAAUUUCUUGUGCAAUAACGAUGACAACAACAACGACGAUGGCGACGAUGACGACGAUGACGACUAUGACGGCGACAGCGACAACAAUGACGAUGGCGAUGGCGACGACGACGAUGACGGCGACGGCGAUAACAGCAACGAUGACGAUGACAACAACGACGACGACGACGACGACGACGACGACGACGACGACGACGACAAUAAUGACCACAAUGGCAACGACAACAGCAACAACUGCCAAACCAGUUGCUACAGAAUCAAUAACUCUAUAUGGCAGUGAAACUAGUACUAAAACAUUAUUAGAUAGUACAGAUAUGCCUACGAUAAAUAUAGAAGAUAAUAUUAGUCUGUCAGCUUCUGGAUUGUCUCCAUAUAUAAAAUUCAAUUAUAGUACCGGCAAUCAAAGUCAACCGAAUAUUGACUUGAUAUCUGUGGUCCAAAAUGUAAAAAUUGCUUCAUUGAAAACAAAUAAUAAUGUUAACGAUCGACAUUUUUUAACUUCCAAAAAAACUGAUUGUGAUAUCAUUAAUAAACGCACUCCAAAAUCACUGUUGAAAAGUAGAUCGAAAAAUUAUAGAUUAAGUUUAUCAACACCUAGAAGGAGGAAUAGUCAUAUAAGAGCUCUUGAUUUUAAUACGCCAAUAAAGGCAACAACUACAUCGGAUAAAAUAGUUGGUGAAAAUGAAAGUGUGCAUUUUUCUUCAGGAUCUGCAAAAUUGGUUAAAUCUGUAUGUCGAAAUUCCCUUUUUAAAUCUCCACCAUUUACUAGUACCGCUAUAGCUACGCAUAAAGUUAAAACUCCAUUGAAGUUUUGUCGACCUUGCAAACUUCCAAUAGUAACAAGAAGCCCAAUACCAAAGCUUAUGGGUGAGUGGGAAAAGUAUAAUGGACUUGGAGUAACUAUAAGUGAUGUUCCUUCAGGUUCAAACAUCAGCAUUUCUUCUGAGAACAAAGCUACUAAGACUCAAACCAAGCCAUUGCAAGUUACAAAAGAAACAUGGGAUGCAGACUUGCGAAAAGCUUUACAUAUAAUAAAUGACGAUCAUGAGAGAACAGAAAUGCCCAUUAGUAAUAGAAAAAUACACUGUGCAAAAGUUGGUAAAUCGAGUGUCGAACCGUCAGUGAAAAAGGAUAAAGCUAAUUUACGUGUACUGAAAGGAAAAAAUAAAAAUAUAACGACAAAGCAAGAUGGGACUGUUAAAAAUAGAAGAAAUAAUCGAACUAUAGGAGAGCGGAAUGCAAUAGAAUCGUCAAUCAUAAAAAGCAUAGAUCAUAAGGUAACCGAAGUAGAUAAAGAUUUUCUAGUCACUUACGUUAAUCAUAAUACUAUAGUAAAUAAUUUUUUCAAUGAAAGAAAAGACGAUAUUAACUCACAGACAUAUAUAAUAAAUAAAUGCAAGGAUGUUAUUGAACAAAAGAACAUCAAACAUCAAUUGACGUUAGCAAAGAACAAUUGUUUAUAUAAUAAUACGACGAUUACUGAUAAUUUACCAUUCGAAAAAAAGAAUACAAAAAAAUAUGUUCAAUUAAAAACGUUAAAAACUAAUUUGAAUAAAUGUGGUCGAAUUGAAAAGAAACCGCAUAUAGAAAACAAAGUUAUUUCCGUGGAUGCUAUGCAGCGCUCAGAAUUUAUAAAAACUUCCAUGGAUAUGCAACACUUAUUACAAAUACCUAAUUUUAUUGAUCUUGAAACACCAAGAAAAUUUGAAAAUCCUUCUAGUGUUCCACCGACACCAAGAUUACUCAGUCCAAGUAGUAAUACAACACCACUUAUCAAAUACAGUGAAGACUUUGGUAAGAUGCGUAGUUUCAUAAAUACACCAGAGUUUCCAACAACACCUUGCAUAGCAUUAACUCCAAAAAUUUCAGAGCAAACAACCAUAGAUAAUAUGAAAAAAGAAACCUUUAAUUCUUGUUCUCCAUAUUAUAAACCUACCUUUGAGCAAAAUGAAUGUAAAACGUUAUCAAAAUUGGAUGAUAAUAUACUAAAAUCAACUACAUUAUCAUCACAAUGUACAAAACAAUGUAUUCCUCAUAACGUUAUCAGUUGUACAAAUGCAUAUCAAACUUGCGUAUCUACGAAAUUAGAAAUAACACAAUUUGAAGUGAUUAAAGAAAACUUGCCAAAAGAAGAAGCAAUCAAAGAACUUAAAAUAUCGAACAAUUCACGAGAUUCAACUUAUUAUGCGAAAAUGGACUAUAUUGAGGGCGAUACCAAUAAAAAUAAUACAAAUAAAAGUAUGUGUGAGGAAAUAAAUAUCAAUAAUGAAAAAUACUCGUUAAACAGUGAUGAAUCAAACGAUAGCGAUGCAUCAGCAUCUUCUUCCUCUUCAUCUUCAUCUUCAUCUUCAUCGUCAUCAUCGUCAUCGUCGUCGUCGUCGUCGUCAUCGUCAUCGUCAUCGUCAUCGUCAUCGUCAUCGUCAUCGUCAUCGUCAUCGUCAUCGUCAUCGUCGUCGUCGUCGUCACAAUCACAGUCACAGUCACCGUCACCCUCACCCUCACCCUUACAGUCACCCUCACCCUCACCCUCACCCUCACCCUCACCCUCACCCUCACCCUCACCCUCACCCUCACCCUCACCCUCACUCUCACCCUUACGGUCGUCACCGUCGCCGCCACAGCCACAGCCACAGCCACAGCCACAGCCACAGCCACAGCCACAACCCCCGCCACAACCCCCGUCACAACCCCCGUCACAGUCCCCGUCCACGUCACAGUCGUCGUCGCCGUCACAGUCGUCCUCGUCCUCGUCCUCGUCCUCGUCCACGUCCACGUCCACGUCACAGUCGUCGUCGCCGUCACAGUCGUCCUCAUCAUCAUCAUCAUCAUCAUCAUCUUUUUCAACUAAUUUAAAAGCAACAAAUUCAUUGGAAAAAUCUUCUCCCGAUAAAAAAUGUAAAAAAGUUUCAAAUCAAAACUAUGUUAACAUAACUAACGAUUUGAUACGUCAAGGUGCUUAUGUUAAAGAAACAAUAAACGAUAGAACAGAAUGUUCCACAAUUUCAGGAAAUAAUUCUCCAAAGUUACAAGUGAAACCAACAAAUAUAUUACCCACAGAAGCAACAAUUAUUGCAUUAAGAAAAUGCGAAUCUUCGCCAUCAAAAAUAUUUUCAGUAUUAAAAGAUGAAGAUUUUACAUCUGAUAUGAAAGAAACUCCUGCUAAAAAUGAGACUUCAUUAAAUGAAGAACAUAUUUCUGAGGCUCCUAAUAGUUCAAAGACUGGUGUGGAAAACUUGACUAAUCUAUCUUCUAAAAUUUCAGCAAAAUUAAAACAGAAACCCAAAAUAGUAAAUAUACAACAUUUAAGAUCGGGUUCUUUAAUUACCUCUAAACCAAAUAAAUCUGUAAGACAUUCUUCCAUAAUGCAAAAAAGGCAAAGGUCUUUAACUAUGGAUAAAAAAUUUGUUGUACAAUUGGAAGCAAAACGUCAACGAAUGAUAGCAAAAUUUCGUGAAAUUCCAAAAACUAAUUUUACCAGAAAAAAAUUUCAGCAGGGACGAAUCAUUUUUAAGGGUAAAAAUAAUAAUAGUUUAAAGAAAAAAAGCAAUCAGUACAAAUAUAUCCAAAAUGAGAAUAAACUUAGUGAAAAAAGAAGAAAGAAGAAAAAGAAAAUAGAAGAAUCAAAUAAAUCUAAUAAUGGUAAUACUAGCAACAGCAAUGAUAAUCAUAUUGAUGCUGAUAAUAAUAAUGUUAAUAACAACAACAAUAGGAAUACUAACAAUAGCAAUAAUAACAAUAAAAAUAAUAGUAAUGAUAGUAGUAAUGAUAAUAAAUGUACAAAAAUGAACCAUUUUUCUAUAUAUAGCGUAUCAGGCAGUAAAAUGUAUAAUUUGGAAGAAUCAAAACAAAAAGAUAAUAAUGACAAAAGUAUACAAAAUAAUGCUUUAAAACUUGAAAUUGCAAACAAUGUAUUUGUAAAUACAAAGGAUGAUACAAAGAAAAUUAUUGAAUUGACAGUUAAGAACAUUAAGAGUGAUGUUGAAAUCAAUGUAAAUCAACAGCUAAAUAUGUCUAGAUUGGAAAAUAAGACUUUUAAUUUGAAAACUGUUCAAAAUAAAGAAAUAAUAAGAUUAGAUGUACCAAGUAAUCUUGAAAUGAAGCAGACUCAAGCCAAAAUUAAUGUAGAAUACAAACAAUGUGAAGAUAAUAUCACUAAUGAAAUUAUUUUACAUGAAAAUGAAUUUAGUAUCAUAAAAGAUGUAGAAUAUGAUUCUAAUGAAAAAGGUGCAUACAAACUAAAAGAGUAUCCAAAUUGCAAUGAUACUAAAGGUAUUUUAUUGAAAUCGAAGGUUGAUCAAGUAAAACGAGAUUUGUUUAGUGAUGAUGAAGAAACAUUAAAGGAAGAAGAGGUAUUAAAUGUUAUUGAGUUUUCGGCCAAUCAAGAAAAUAAUAUUGUUUCUACUCCAAUGUUUGAUACUGUUAAAAAUACAGUUAUAGAAAAUAUCAAUAUGAAAAAUCCAAAAAGUUUAUCACGAGUUCUUCAAUGUUUGCAGCUUGUUCCUAGAUUUAAACACGAUUAUAUAGUGGAGUCUCAAUGUAUGAAAUAUAAUCGUAAAAUAGAUCUUAAUGUAACUAUUCCUAAUUCGGUAGAAUAUCAUUUUCGAUAUGAUGACAAUGCAUUCUUAAAAAAAAGAAGACAAAGGUACAGCAAUCAUGAGUUGGAAUUUCAAAUCAAUAUUAUUUUGAACGAUCAAAAUUACGAUGAACGUAUUAAAGUAAUGACAGCUACUGAUUAUGAAGAAAUAUUUAAUCUAUCACCAAAACCUAAAAAAAGAUUAGGAAGCAGGAAAUCACCGAUUAAAUAUGAAAAUAGUUGUGAAACACUAAAUAAAUCAUCAAAUACUUUAACCAUAAAAAAUAUGCAUGAUAAGCCUUUAGCAACUUCGUCUCCUUUGUAUAAAUUGUCAAUGUGUACAGUAAAAAAAGUUGCCAUUAAAACUGCUACAAUAAAUGAAAAAAAUAAUGAAGUUCAACAUGAAAGUAAAAAGAGAUUGAAAGUAGAUAAAAUUCGAGAAUUCGAUAAAGCAAAUAUUAGUAUUGCAAAAAUUCCAAAAGGAAAGAUGUCAGAAAGGAAAGAAAGUAAACAGAUUGAACAACGCCAGUACACAACAGACCCACAAACAUUACUGAGCAAUUUAGAUUUGGAUAAAUUUUUAACUUCGGUUCAUGGACCAGCAUGAGCAUAAAAUAAUUCUUUUGCAUUGUAUAAAAUAUAUAAUGAAUGCGAACGACAUAACGCAUUUGUAAAUUAUCGAAUUAAACAGAGUUUUCGAGUGAAAUCGAAAUGACAUCGUUAACACCACCGAACUGUCUACAGUUUUUAGCUAUGGGUAUUCAAUUCCAAGCAGUAAAACGGAAAAAAUUGUUGAUUAACUUUGAAUUUCAACUUAAUUCG